CCAUAAGACUGAUUCCUAAAUAGGAACAUUUUUAAUACAAAGCAUCCACGCCUUGUCCAGAUAGAAACCGUCAGGACUGUAACUUGAGAUGUAGCUCUUGUGUGUAUUUAGCUGCUAAUCGCUCUGAGAGUGUUAGAAGCACACAGGCGAUUUAGAUACUUCGGCGCUAGGACCGCGCUGCAGUUUGCAAAGGGGCACUACUCUCAAUCAACGCUGAGGCUGGGAGGCUGCGUGCCGCACUUCAGCUCCUAUAAUAAUACGAAGGAGAAGAAAAGCGCUUCCUCAGGAGCGGAGCCGAUACGCACCGUGCCGUGCUGCAGCUCCGAGAGCUCAGCUCCUUAUGGACACUCAUCAUGCGCAGGAUUAGGGCCAACGCCAUCGCCAUCCUGACCGUCGCUUGGAUCCUGGGCACCUUUUAUUACCUGUGGCAGGACAACAAGCCGCGCACGGGUCCCUCUUCGGCGUCUCAGGCGCGCGCCGUGGGCGCCAGGAGCCGCGGGCCGAAACCCGCUGCCUCGGGGCGAGUGGACAUCCGGCGAGAGGACAGGACUCUUCCUCUUAUAGUGACACAUCCUCCACGGGCUGAGCAGCAGGCUCAGUUGUUCGGCAGCUUUGAUGAAAAAGACUAUUUAGCCAGUAAACAGCUGAAAGCAGGAGAGGAUCCAUACAAAGAGCAUGCUUUCAACCUGCAGGAGAGUGACAGGCUCGGAAGUGAAAGGGCCAUCAGAGACACACGACACUACAGGUGUGCCUCUGUGACAUUUGACCAUGACCUGCCCUCUACCAGCAUCAUUAUCACCUUCCACAACGAAGCUCGCUCCACCCUUUUGCGCACCAUUAAAAGUGUACUUAUGAGAAGUCCACCCCAUCUCAUACAAGAAAUUAUUCUCGUGGAUGACUUCAGCUCUGAUCCUGAGGACUGCCAGCUGCUUUCUCAGAUCCCCAAAGUGCGCUGCCUGAGAAAUGAACGGCGAGAGGGUUUGAUCAGGUCUCGGGUGAAGGGAGCCGGCGCUGCUUCAGCUUCUAUCCUCACCUUCCUGGACAGCCACUGUGAGGUGAACACAGACUGGCUCCAGCCAAUGAUCCAGAGAGUCAAAGAGGACCAUACUCGAGUUGUCAGCCCCAUCAUUGACGUGAUCAGCCUGGACAACUUUGCUUACCUGGCUGCCUCCGCUGACCUCAGAGGGGGGUUUGACUGGAGCUUACAUUUUAAAUGGGAGCAGAUUCCUAUUGAGCAGAAAAUGGCCCGAACUGAUCCAACUCAGCCAAUCAGGACUCCAGUGAUCGCAGGUGGGAUCUUUGUUAUGGACAAGAGUUGGUUCAAUCACCUGGGCCAAUACGACACUCACAUGGACAUCUGGGGCGGUGAAAACUUCGAGCUGUCAUUCCGGGUAUGGAUGUGUGGAGGCACUCUGGAAAUUUUACCCUGCAGUCGCGUCGGCCAUGUUUUCAGGAAACGACACCCUUACGACUUCCCAGAAGGCAACGCUCUCACAUAUAUCAAGAAUACACGGCGAGCUGCAGAAGUGUGGAUGGAUGACUAUAAGCAGUACUAUUAUGCUGCAAGACCUUCUGCUCAAGGAAAGUCCUUUGGAAGUAUUGCUGAGCGACUGGAUCUGAGACGGAGGCUGAACUGUAACUCUUUCCGCUGGUAUCUGGAGAAUGUGUAUCCUGAGCUCAAGAUUCCAGAGCAAAAGGGGACGUAUAGUCUGCUGAAACAGGGUGGACUCUGCCUUGAAAGCUACAACAGAGACAGUCUGGGUCUUGCAGAGUGCAAGAGCAGCUCAAGUAUACCUGCCUCACAGAAAUGGAUGCUGGUUGAGCCUCAAAUCCGCCAACAUGACUUGUGCUUGACUAUCACAGCAUAUUCCUCAGGGUCAAAGGUCAGGCUGGAGCCCUGUAGCCCUAAAGAGUCCAGACAGAGAUGGAAGCCCAGAGGUCCGGCACUGCAGCACUUGGUCAGCGGAUUGUGUUUGGACAGCCAGUCCCCAGCAGGCCCGCCAGUUAUUGCACAGUGCCGCCCUCAGAUGGCCAGCCAAUCCUGGGAGCCUCAGCUGGUCACCUGACAUUUUAGAUGACGGCGAGAAGAAGAGCGAGGAAAAAGGAGUUUAGGAGGGUUGCAGAAGCUGUCGUGCUUUAGGGCCAAGAAGAACAUGUCUGCACGCUGUUUUAUUUUUGUUGAGAUGUGCUGCUUUAAGACAAGUCCACCAUGUCCAUGUAAAAAAAAAAAAAAAACACUUUAGCACCUUUACAUACUUUACAUCCUUUUAUUCUUUUACCUCUGAUAUUCAGUUAUAGGCCAGAACUAGAAAACAAAUACUGCAGUCUCAUAUAGAGUUUUAUCUUUGCAGGCUUCAUCCGAUUCUUCAUAUUUGGUUCUGGUCAAGGUUUACAACAUUAUGAGAUUGUUCAGGGUUUACAGGAGAUGGUUGUAUUAAUUUUUAGGUUUAUUUUUCCUGUUGUGUUGCUUAAGGACUCCAAAGGGACAGAUUAAUUAUGUAUUUUUAUGCCUUUAAAUGCCUCUGAGAACAGCCCCCUUCUGUAUAUAAUAGCACUCCCACAUAUAGAUGAUUUCCUAAAGCUUAUUAUUAAAGUCUGUGUUUCUCUUAAAGCAGUAUUAUUAAAUGUUUAUCCAUUCAGAUCAGGAAAGUCGUAGAUAAAUGGAUAAAAAUACAAAGCAUCAAAUGUUUGUUUGGAUCUUUUUUUUUAGGCACCAGACAAGUUUACAUAUGACAUCUAUGCUUCUAGCAAUUUUGAAAGAAAAAGAAAACUUCACCAAGCUUUUCUGGUCCAGCAGGUUGUAUCAUUGAUGCAUUGUGAUCUUUGAUCUAUGGUCAGUGUAAACAGAUGUUUACAGGAUACCCGAACUGCUGAAAGUAACAAAGGAAAGAAACCGUUGCAGAGGUCAACCUUUAUCCAAGAGUGGACACACGAAUGUAGCAGAAUUUGAAAGUAAAGUAAGAAACAUCUGAGCAAACAACUUCAUUUAGUUUAAUGUUUGAUAACCUGCAAAUCCUAUUUCCAUGAUUUACGAUUCUGCAUGGUACUGUGAGGCACCGCAAACAGAUAUUUGUGAUGUCACAUCCAAAGACCCUGUUUUUGUUUACAUGUGUUUACCAGUUGUGUAAAUAUUUAAACCUAUAUUGUUUUGCAAUCAUGAGCAAAAUGAGCAUUCUUGUAAAUUAAAAAAUAAAGUCUUUAGCCCAGAAAAUAUUAAUAAAUUUUAUUCAUCCUGUA